AUGACUCUCGAGGGAGAUGCUUGGUUGCAGCAGGUUGGAGGACUCCUAAUCUGGAGGAGAUUGUGGUUAGGAGUUAAGGUAAGGUUGCUCGGCAUUGGGUGGGAGUGUCUAGUGGGUGAGAACUGGGUCCUCCAUGCCCACUGCCCCGCGAUUGAAGUAGGUAGUACAUAAUACUUAAGGUUAUUUUAUGCCAGAUGCUGUUCUGAAUGCUUUACUUUCAGUCAUAGUUUUACUUCUCCACAGUUACCCUCUGAGACAGGUUACUAUUAUCCCAUUUUACAGAUGGGAAAAGAGGGCAGGAAGAUGGCAGAGAUAGGAUAUAAAUCCACGCAGUCUGGCUCUAGAGUCCUCGCUCUAGCCAUCUCAGGGCCUUAUGGCCUCUCUGAUGACCAGCCAGGAGUUGGACUAGGAGCUGGGGGAUGGAUUCUUGGCUUCUGAAGGGGACUGAGAAUCCUAUGCCUCCACAUCCACUGCUUCCUUCUUCUGCCCCGGUUUCCUGGCAAGUGCGGCAGAAGCGCUGUGGCAGGAAGUCGUGUGGUCAGGGGCCCCCAGAUUGCAGGCUCUGCCCGGAUGGGGCCCCUACGCCUCCUCCCGACUGCUGUGCUGCUCCUGGCCCAGGCGGCGCCUCGGGAGGCCUCUCAGCACUGCGGCCGCCUCGAGUACUGGAACCCUGACAACCGGUGCUGCGGCAGCUGCCUGCAGCGCUUCGGGCCGCCCCCCUGCCCGGACCUAGAGUUUUCGGAAAACUGCGGGCUGGAUGAUGCUGGCAAUCACGUAAUGCACCCCUUCAAAGAGUGUCCUCCCGGACAGUGCAAUCGCAACAGCGCGGAGCUAUGUAGCCUUUGUGGCAGCGGAGCAACGGCACCCAUUCCCUCAGGGAGCCGCGGCGGAACCGGGCCGCCCUGCCGAGAGAAGCCUGUCCCUAACAAGGAGCCCUGCCCACUGACACCUGGAAAAUCGGGCGUCCUUAGCUCCCAGGAGCCCAGCUCACCAGCGGUUCCCAGUGUUUUGUGGACUUCUGAGCACAAAGCCCCUCAGCAAGCCUGGCCGAGUUUGAGUUUUGCCCUGUUCCUAGUGCUGGUUCUGCUCGUGAUCUCAGUCAUAAUCCUGCUUGCCCUGCAAAGGCAUCACCGUCGCCUCGACCAAGGGAAAGCAGUCCAACACCCGUAUCCUAGCUUGGUUUGCACCGACCUUGACACCCACACCCGCUUCUUGCACCCUUCCUCUCCAGCCUCCCUGGAGAUUUCAGAGGCAAGGGACUCAUGGAAGGAGGUCUCUCUGCCUCCACUCUUAGGCAGGGAGAUGCCAAGCCUGGAGUCACAGCCCCUGUCUCGCCUCCUGGAUGAGCUGGAGGUGCUGGAGGAGCUGAUCCUGCUGCUGGAUCCUGAGCCUGGGCCAGGUGGGAGGAUGGCCUGUGGCACCACUCGACACCUGGCUGCAAGAUACGGACUGCCUGCUACCUGGUCCACUUUCGCCUACUCACUGCGGCCCAGUCGCUCACCUCUGAGGGCUCUCAUCGAGAUGGUGGUGGCGAGGGAGCCCUCUGCCUCUCUGGGCCAGCUUGGCACACACCUGGCCCAGAUAGGGAGGGCAGAUGCACUGCAGGUGCUGUCCAAACUUGGCUGAUCAGGGACUUGCCUGGCCUAGUACUCAAUAAAGUUUCUAUUCAAGUAA